AUGCCUACCGUCAUCGUCAAAAACCGAACCCAUAUCCCUGGUGCCUUGGUCUCGAGCUCCCCCCAACAGAAAUACUGGUAUACGACGCAAAAAUCUUCUGACCAAAAUGCCACAAAGCCACAACCGGAGACAAAAAAGUCUCCCAUCCUGUCACGGAUCCCUCGUCCGUCGACGCACGAGAACAUCUACACCGUCCCCAACAUUCUCACCUUCUCGCGGCUGGUCGCCGCUCCUCUCGUAGGGUACUUCCUCGUGCACGACUACCACGGGGCCGCCCUGGCCCUGUUCGCGUACGCCGGCAUCACCGACCUCGUCGACGGUUACAUCGCCCGGCGGUACAACCUCCAGACGGUGGUCGGCACCAUCAUCGACCCCAUGGCCGAUAAGCUGCUGAUGACCAUCGGUGUCGCCUGUCUGGCCGUCAACGGCUCCAUCCCAGUCUGGCUGGCCGUCAUCAUCCUCGGCCGCGACGUCGGCCUGGCCGUCUCCGCAAUCUACUACCGCUGGAUCUCGCUCCCCCCGCCCAAAACAAUGGCCCGGUACUGGGACUUCUCCCUCCCCUCCGCCGAGGUCAAACCCACUCAGAUCUCCAAGGUCAACACCGCCCUGCAGCUGCUGCUGGUCGGGAGCGCCAUUGCCCUGCCCGUGGUGCCGGAGACGAUCCUGGAUGCGUGGAAUCUCCGUGAAGCUAUGACUGGGUUCCAGUAA